UUUAAUUCUAUUUCCGGUGUGUGUCGGAGGUUGUCGUCGCUGACUCCAAACCAGCGUUAAACUGCGGCGAAGAGCUUCGUUACCAAGCGAGACAAAACCAAAACAACAAAGACACCGUAUUUGUGUUUAUAGCGUUCGACAAUCUUUUUGUCAACAUGUCGCAUUAUAAGGCUCCAGACCACAAGAGAGAGCAAUUUCGGAGGUACUUGGAGAAAGCUGGUGUUGUUGACAGUUUGACCAGUGUUUUAGUAGCGCUGUAUGAGCAACCAGAAAAGCCUACCAACGCUCUGGAGUAUCCUCAUUGCUCAAAUAAAUUAAAUAUCCUUGUUCAGAAUAAAGUUAGAUGCCUUAAACCCAAACUGUCCAGAUUUGUCAAGCAGCAUCUUGGCACACCCGGCCUUACAGAAUCUGACACGGAGGCUCUGCAGCAGGAAGUGGUGGACCUGAGGCAAAGGUGUGCCCGUCUGGAGGAAGAGAACCUCGACCUCAAAGCCAGACUUGAACACCACGAGCCACCGCCCGAAGAGCCUGCUGUUGCGGAAUAGACUUCCGCUCAACUCCAGGGAUGUUUGACUGCUUUAAGUUUUGAUGUUUUGUUUAGUUAGUGUCACUUUAAAAAAAAAA